UCUAGAAUCUAGCAAAACCUCAGUACUCACUGCUUCAUCAAAUUCACCAUUUCUCUUACUGCGAAGAUCUCGAAAUCAGCAAUAGCUAUGAAUCAACUGAGUCGAGUUUCGAUGAAAUGGAGCCGCCUAGUUGGCGGUAUCCGGCAUCCUUCCGCCGCCGCCGUCGCGCCGAGGCGUUUCUCCACUGAAGCAUCUGAGCCGAGCCGAGCCGACUCCGGGGAUCAGUUUUUUCGAACUCCAUCAGCUGGUGUAGUUUAUGGGAGACUUCUCGAUAUCACAAAGCAUACAUCCAAGGCUGAUGUAAUCAAUCUACUGGAUGGCAGUAAUUUGAGUCCGGAGAAGAUCAAAGUUGAGUACAAUCAAGGAUUUCUUCCUUUGUCAAUGUUGGUUGAAUUCCCCUCUGCAUCAUCUUAUGAUGCUGCCUUGAGGUCAAUUGGUAGGAAGGGCCGCAUCUAUAAUAUCAGAAGGGCUGAUAAAUCUGAUUGGGAUGCUGGCGCACCUUAUGAUGGAAAAGCUAUCAUACUACUUGGGCUCCCCGAAAUGCAAAUUUUGAUGAUGUUGAGCGUUUCCUUUCUGGUUGCCAGUACAAUUCGCUACAAUUCAGAUAUCUGUCAGAUUUACAAACGAAGGCCCCAUCAGAAUGGCACUUGUUCAUUUCCCAUCCCAAGCUCUGGCUAUGCACGCUUAUAUCACCAAGAACAGAGGCUUCUGUCUCAAUAACCAAAUCACGGUGCAAGUUCUCCAUUAGCUCUUUCUUUCUUGGCAAUGGAUUCAGUUUUGUAGUUUUGUUCUGAUGCACAAGGAAGUGUGCUCGACUCGGGUAAGUUAUUUCUGCCAUUUAUGAAACUGUUAUGCUAUCUUGUUCAGGAAUACAAUGUGUUUCUUGUUUGAGCAUAAUGUUAGUAGAGAUUCUUGGAAACUACUAAUCUUCUUCGAACCAUAAAUAUUCUUGCCAGCAAAUGAACAAAAGUAGUAUAUAGUUUUCCAUAA